UUUAGGUGUGCUUUGACAGUACUUAAAGCGUCUUCAUAAUGGCCACCCUUUAAUAUCCACCGUGGUAUUACUCCGUUUUUGUUUAGUGUCGCCUUGUAUUACUAAUGUAACUAAAAUCAAAAUGGUGGUCUGUUGAAAUUUAUUGUGACGGGCAACGAGGUGAACACCAUGUGGGUCUUCGGUUACGGCUCCCUCAUUUGGAAGGUGGAUUUUUCCUAUGAGGAAAAAGUAAUUGGCUACAUUAAAGGUUUCAGUCGUCGUUUUUGGCAGGGAAGCACCGACCACCGGGGAGUACCGGGAAAACCUGGCCGAGUCGUGACACUUGUGGAAGAUCCUGAGGGCUGCGUUUGGGGCGUGGCCUACAAGCUCCCCACGGGCCGCGAGCAGGAAGUGAAGCGCUAUCUGGACCACCGGGAAAAGGGCGGCUACCGAGUCAUGACCGUGACCUUUCACCCUAGACAAGACAACGGCCGCACCCCGGCCCAGACACUGCUCUACAUUGGUUCGCGGGACAACCCCGACUAUCUGGGGCCCGCCCCCCUGGAAGACAUCGCCAACCAGAUCGUCACCUCCACCGGACCCAGCGGGCAGAACACGGAGUAUCUGUUCCAGCUCGCCGAGGCCGUGAGGAGCGUCCUGCCCGAGGACAAAGACGCGCAUCUGUUUUCGCUGGAGAAGCUGGUGCGUGCGAGACUGGAGGACAGGCGCGCCGUUAAAUAAGAGAAGUAGUCCGCAUUGUGACUAUGUAAUACAAUCUCAGGGCUUUUAAUGUCCCCCAACCACACGUGUAAAUAAACCACCCACAUGCUUC